GCCUUAUAGCCUUUUAGGAUGCUUUCUUUGUGAAGUGGAAAUUACUAACCAUGGCUCACUAUUCCAAAGAAGAGCUUGAUGAGGAAUUUGAACAGUUUAUGAAGGAGCUUUCAGAUGAUUCUUUUGAAAAUUCCAACAAAACAUCUAAACAACCUAAGAAAGAAAUGAAGACAAAGGACACAGUGCCCUGGUGGUUAACUGAAGAUGAUUUAGAGGAUGGACUGCUUGGUACCAGUGUGAGCUAUCUGAAGACAAAGAAGACUCCUCAGCCCAUCAUGGACACAGAAGAGGAGUCUGCUGAAAAAGUUCAGUUUCUUAAGAGCAGUGGAACCUCCAUCUUAAGUGUUGACAGCUUAGAAGCCAAUGAAUUAGUCCUUUCUGAGCUCCAUCAUAGUGACCUGGGCUUGGGGCUGGACACACUAGAAGAACAAGAAGAGAAAGAACAGUUCUUUGCCAGACUAGAGAAAGGCUUGACAUCUUCUAUUGAUUAUUCCAAGUUAAAUCAAGAACUGGAUUCUGAUGACUCCACACAAUUCAGAGCUUUACAAAGCUGUCAGGCUAACACAGAACCAGCUGAAGAUGGACAUGAGAAUGAGUCAGAACACGAGGGACUACCAGAAACAUACAGUGAUGAUUUUGAAGAUGCAGAGGAUAUUGAUGUACCUUUGAUUACUAAAGAUGAAGAGACCCAUCCCAAAGAAAAUUCAGAGCCAGGAAAAGUGCAUGUUCUCACACAGGAGGAAGAGAAAACUGGCAUGCUGGCUAAUGUUGUGCUGCUCGAUUCUUUAGACUCUGUUGAGGAUGUCGACCUUGCUGAUGAAAGUAAAGUAGCCCCUGAAGCAAAGGCCCGCCCAGAAGUGACUGAUGGUGAACUAGCUGGGACAGGUGUUUCUUAUGGACAGAGCAGUGGUGACACAGAAGCCCUACAUCGGGCUUACUGUCACAUAGCUCAUUCUCUGGGAGAUACAGAUGAACCAAGAGUCAGGGCUAGCACUGUGGAAAAUAUCAAGAGCUCAGUAAAAGAUCAUCUUCAAGAAAAUGAAGAGUCUUCAAAGAACGUCUCUACCACAGAAUCUGAUCUGCCCACAGUAGAGGAGCUGAUGAAACCCAUCAGGAUAGACUCCUACGGGGUCAGUGGCUUUGACUUGCCGCCCAUCAGCCUUAAGGAAGCAGCUGACAGUAAAGAAGGGGAACCUGUGAGCUCUUUCCUCCUUAAGAUGAACACCAACACUAUGUCUCAAGACCCCACUCACGUGAGCCAGUUUCCCCACAAACACCAUGAGAGCAUGACUUUACACAAGACAGCGGAUGAGAGCAUGGGCGGCGGCUGUCCCGCAGCAGCUGCUGUGGAAGAGCGCUUGGACAAAAUGUACCUUGAGAUUUUGAAGAAGAAAACAACUGUUAACCCUUCACUAAAACCUCAGGGUGACAAAACUAACCAGACUUCUAGGACUCGGCUCAGUGCUGGGGAAGAGGGUCCUGUAACUGUUAAACAGGUUCCAUACAAGAAGGCCAGAAGUGAACCUCCUUUGCUUAAGAGAAAGCCGCAGACUGGACUGUACACAUCAGCUCGGAGCUCAGGCUACGGCAAGCCCACGUCGCCACUCCAGUUAUUUUCUGCUCUUGAAAAGAAAACUUCAAAGGACAAUACAAAAAGUAAAAAUGUGAGAUCCAUCCCCACCUCAAAUCAGUUUAGGAAAAAGGAGAUAUUAUCUGGAACAAAACUCAUCAAGCCUGCAGCUUUGAAUAGACCAUCUCCUCAAAGUGAGGGUAGCAUAGCUACACCUAAGCAGCCUGAAGAUCCCACAGCUGACUCCUCUGUCCAGUUUCAGACUGGGCCUCCAGGACCCUCUGGUGGGAACAGACAGGAAGAAUCGCUGAUGUUGAAAAGAGCUCAGGAUGCGGAGGAAAAGUGGAGGGGUGCACAAGCCCUGAUGGAGCAAAUGAAAGUCACAUUCUCAGAGAAGGAGAAGGAGCUGGAGAACACACUGGAAACCCUGAAGAGACAGCAGGAAGAAGAGCUCUUCAAACUGAACCAAGACAAUUACAUUCUUCAGGCCAAGUUAAGUAGCUUUGAAGAAACAAGCAGAAAACAGAGAUGGCUACAGCUUGGAGAAACAUCCGAUCCCGUCACUGGAGAAAAGCUGAAACAAAUCCAAAAAGAAAUACAAGAACAAGAGACCCUUCUUCAAGGAUACCAGCAGGAAAAUGAACGGUUGUAUAAUCAAGUAAAAGAUCUUCAGGAACAAAAUAAGAAAAAUGAAGAACGAAUGUUUAAGGAAAAUCAGAAUUUAUUUAGUGAGUUAGCCACUUUAAAAGAACAGAUGCGCAAAAAUCACUUCCUGUCUGAAGCAGUUGAAAAUGCUGAACCCAUCAAAAACCAGAGUUUUACAGAUCUGCUAGCAGAAUUACGGGUGGUGCAGAAAGAGAAAAACCAUCUGAUGGAGGACAUCAGAAGACUGAAGCAAGACAAACAAGCUCUUGAAGUGGACUUGGAAAAAGUGAAGAAAGAGAGGGACCAAGCCAAAGAUCAGAUUGCUUAUGCCACGGGUGAGAAAUUAUAUGAAAUAAAAAUUUUAGAAGAAACACAUAAACAAGAAGUCAGUCGUCUGCAGAAGCGGUUGCAGUGGUAUGCCGAGAAUCAGGAGCUUCUAGAUAAAGAUGCGGCUCGUCUCCGAGAGGCCAAUGAAGAAGCAGAGAAGCUGAGACUGGAGAUUGAAAAACUGAAGACUGAGUCUGGGAGCCCAAACACUCAGCAGAGGUUACGCUCCAAGGAAAGAGCUCUGGAUGCCAGAAGAAUUCAGGAUCUGGAGCGGCAGGUUAAAGAAAUGGAAGGGAUUCUGAAGAGAAGAUACCCCAACUCCUUACCUGCUUUGAUACUGGCUGCCUCGGCAGCUGGUGAUUCCGCAGAUAGAAACACGGUGGAGUUUAUGGAGAGGAGGAUAAAAAAGCUAGAAGCUGAUCUGGAGGGCAAAGAUGAAGAAGCAAAGAAAAGCCUGCGCACCAUGGAACAGCAGUUUCAGAAAAUGAAGAUCCAGUACGAACAGCGACUGGAGGAGCAGGAGCAGCUGCUUGCCCACAGACUGAAGGAAGCUCCACAGAACCAGCGCAACAGCUCAGCCAGGCUUAAGGCACUUGAGACAGAACUCGGAGAAAUGAAGGAAGCCCAUGAGGUCACUGUAAGAAAGCUGGAAGCUGAAAUCGAUGUUCUCAAACAUCAGAAUGCUGAGUUAGAACACAAGAAGAAUGACAAAGAGGAUCAGGACCUCCAGUCCCUAGAAUUCCAGGUAGAGCAGGCACAUGCUAAAGCAAAGCUGGCAAGACUCAACGAAGAGCUUGCAGCAAAGGGGAGAGAGAUACAGGACCUUUCGAAAACUGUGGAGAGGCUCCAGAAGGAGAGAAGAAUGAUGCUGUCCAGGCAGGGCCCCGGGAGCAGAGAGGAAACGUCCGCCAAACGGCUGAAGAAAGACGUUCUGCACCCCAGUAGAGGGAGCGCAAACUCCUCCUCUGGAACCCUCGAUGCCAAACUGUACCACCCACACACCUUCACUGAUUCCCAUGUUUCAGAGGUUGUACAGGAAAACUGCAGAUUGAGAAAAGAGUUAGAGGGAUUGAUUUUAGAGAGGAAUAAGCUGAAGAUGGACUCUGAAGCAGCAAUGUACCAAUUUGAAAACUCCAUGAAAAGGGUCAAGGACGAUGCUGCAGCACACAUUGUGUCCCUCAAAGUGGCUCAUCAGAGGGAAAUAGAGAAACUCCUUUGCCAAAAUGCACUGGAAAAUUCCUCUUCCAAAGUAGCUGAACUGAAUCGAAAAAUAACAACUCAAGAGGUACUUAUAAAACAUUUCCAAGGUCAAGUUAAUGAGCUGCAGGGUAAACAAGAAUCCCUUGCAGUUUCUCAAGUUCGAGAAGAAAUCCUACAGAAACAGGUUACAAAGCUCUUGGAAGAAUUGAAAGAAGCCAAAGAAAACCACACGCCAGAGAUGAAGCAUUUCGUGGGCUUAGAAAGGAAGAUCGAGCAGAUGGAAAUGAGGCAUAAGCAGAGAGAGCAGGAACUCCAGCAGAUAAUACAGCAAACACGCCAAGUAGUGGAAACUGAGCAAAAUAAGGAAGUUGAAAAGUGGAAGAGACUUGCACAGUUGAAGAACCGGGAGCUGGACAAGUUCCGCACAGAGCUGGACUCCAUACUGGACGUUCUGCGGGAGCUGCACCGGCAGGGGGUGGUGGUGCCAGUCACCCUUGCAGAUGAAGUGAGUGCAGCAGAAUUUUAGUCGGAACUUGGAUCUGAGUGGAAUGUACCACCGUGGGGACAGCUUUUGAAAGAUAAGGUUCUACCACAGCAGCAGAGUAACUCGUCAGAAUAAACUGCCCCAAACCAACAAGGAAAGGAACAUCGUCAUGGUGUGUUUUACUGAAAACCAUUAACUUAAGCAUUGGAGAUGACUCAUGAGCAGGUUCUGUAAUGUCAGAAGACCCUGACUAGCAAGGCUUACUGCAGAAGGGUCUGCUCCCAGGCUACAGUGAAGGGAAGCAGUAGUCAUCCUCGGCCAUGUCUUAUCUAUGAACUUUGCAUUUUCUGUAUGACAGAAAACCAGCUUUCUCAUGAAGAGGUAAAGGAAUGUGAGCCUCAUGCUGGGGACAGUCUCGACUCAUCAGCUGUUGGCUGAGCUGCAGGGCCUCUUCAGUAACUUAGAUGACAGUUGUAAUUUUUGUUCUCUCAGGCUUCUUGAACCCAGUGGAAAGUGACAACUAAUGGCACAGUUGGUGUAUCCAUUACUGUAGGCCAGGUGUAGUAAAUGACAGUCCUAAUUUUUGGCAGCUCUAAAGCUAUACAUGGUAAAAGAAGUCUUACCUUUUCUAUUGAAAAAAGAAAUAUUAUAUCCAUUAGAAAAAAAUAAAAAUAUGAUAAAAAAUAGUUCUAGCUUAUUUUACCAUCCCAUUUUUAAAAGCAGAUCAGAAACGUGAUAGUGGUAAAUCAAAGCUGUAGCCAGUUUGCUUUCAUGUGCCUUUCCCAGGCUACCUUACAACCCCUGGCUGGAAGCGUGCUGUCCAUGGAGACAUGGCACACUUGGUGUCUGCACGGGGUGCUCCCGGACGUCCAGGACAGCAUAGGAGCUGCACAGGACAGCAUAGGAGCUGCACAGUAACUUUUAAUUUUCAACCACUUUAAAAUGUAAAAAGAAACUGCGAACUAAGUCUUUAGAAUACAUUUUACAUUAAUAGCACAUUUCAGUUUGGCCUACAUUCCAGCUGUGUGUGCCAGUAAAUGCAAUUCUGGGGUAAUGCUUAUGAAGUAGAAUGUUUCAUAAAGGAUAGGCGAGUGAGUCUAGUGAUCUCACAAUCAAAGGAUGUGAAAUAUAUAUAUUUACCUGUUAAAUAUGGGAGUGUAAUUAUUGUCUUAAUGCCAACAUUUUGUAAUGUGUUUUCUUUCUGAGAGGAGAGUAAAAUAGCAUUUUUGCAAUUUUUUUCUUGUACAAUGUUUCAGAGUUAUAAU